UGGUCUGAGCAGGUAACGGUGAGCCAGGGCCUGGCCUGCAGCGCGGGGACGAGUCCAUUGCGGACCCCGAGGAGGGGAGCCUGGCGAGGUCGGUGCCUCCUCUAGGCCGCGCUCGAGCCCUUUGCGGAAGGCCGCGUCCCCUGUCCUGCGCGGUGGGCUCGUCCAGGCGGGAGAUUUUCGGCGGGUAGGCUCUCGCACGCUCAUUGCUUUCUGCUUUUUCCACGCCCGCCGCCAUGCCCUGCUCGGAAGAUGCCGCGGCCGUCUCUGCCUCCAAGAGGGCUCGAGCGGAGGAUGGCGCUUCUCUGCGCUUCGUGCGGCUCUCGGAGCACGCCACGGCGCCCACCCGCGGGUCCGCGCGCGCUGCCGGCUACGACCUAUUCAGUGCCUAUGAUUAUACAAUAUCACCCAUGGAGAAAGCCAUCGUGAAGACAGACAUUCAGAUAGCUGUCCCUUCUGGGUGCUAUGGAAGAGUAGCUCCACGUUCUGGCUUGGCUGUAAAGCACUUCAUAGAUGUAGGAGCUGGUGUCAUAGACGAGGAUUACAGAGGAAACGUUGGGGUCGUGCUGUUUAACUUUGGGAAAGAGAAGUUUGAAGUGAAAAAAGGUGAUCGGAUUGCGCAGCUCAUCUGUGAGCGGAUUUCUUAUCCAGACUUAGAGGAAGUGCAGACCCUGGAUGACACCGAGAGAGGCUCAGGAGGCUUCGGCUCCACCGGGAAGAAUUAGAACUUUGCUGGAAGUAUCUCGCUGUUUCAACACUGGAAACCAGAAGCUCUAACUUCGGAAGCAUUUGGUGUUCUAGGAUGCAGGAAAGGAGACCUCGAUCACAUCACGUUGGAACGAUUCUGUUCCCUGGUUGAGGUCGCCUGUAAGUCUGCACUGUGAGCAUGGCAUUGACAUGCAGACUUGGUAAAACCCAGGGUACAGUUAGAUUUUUUGUUGUUGUUGUAUUAUUUAAAUUAUAGCCUUCCAAAAACUGUUUUUGAUCAUAAUUGCUGUAUCAUUUGUAAUUUUUUUUAAUCCAAUAAAGUUGUCUUUUAGCAGAUAUGAUUUUACAUAAACUGACUGGAGAACAUGGAGGCUGAGUCAAGAGGAUUGCAGUGACUUAGGCUAGCCUGGGCUAGUAUGAGAUGCUAUCUAAGGAAAGAGGGUCAUGUUAAAAGCUACUCCUUGUUCUUCUCUGCACUGGUGCUGUGUGACACUGGGACUUAGAAGAUCUGCUCACCCCAGAUUUUGAACCCACAAAAAAUACAAUUUAGAGUUUAUGGUACUGUGGGGGAGGGACUACAAACAGGAGCAGAAAUGACUUAAAGGUAUCACUGAAAGCCUGCCCACCCAGCAUGGUGAUUGCUCCUUAAAGCUGUGAACCGUGCAGCCUCCAGGCAACUCUGUGGAUCCUAGGGCCUCACCCUGUGUGUAAUGGUGGAGGUCCUUCUUCCCUGCAGUGGCUUUUCCAGCAGUUUCCUGCCCGACACGACUGUCUGCCACCCUGAUUGCUUCCCCUCACAGUCCCACUGUCUGUGAAUAGAAAUCUUAAAGGCCAAACCAAUGUUAGUAUUAGCAACAGAUUUAGGAGUGUCCGAAGAUAAAACAAUGCAAGGCAUGCCAUCCUUCAAAUGAUAAUGCUAUCUGCGGCUGGACAUUUUGGCUUUUUCUGCUAGUGUAAACAAAUCCCCCGUCCCGCCCCGCCCCACCCUGCCACCAGGUAAUUGACCUGAUCAUUUUAGCUGAGAAAUGCACUCUUUAUCAUCCUAAGAAAGGCUGGCUUGGCUAUCUUCCCCAAACAGAAAAUAAAGUAUCUUUGUGUUCCGAACUUCCCCAUUUGGAGGCUGGCUGUGUGUACACAGGUGUCCUGUUGUUGCUUUUUCUAAUAAGAAAAGAAAACAGAAAAGGCAUAAAUUAAAAUUUUAGAGGUUACUUCAAGAAGUAUAUGUUUUAAGGUGUCUAUUUGAAACUACAUGGUUAAACUGGGGAGGGUUUUUUUUUUUUCUGUAAUUUAGCAGGUCUAAAGGAAUAAGUCUAGUAUCUAUAUAAGACUAUAGACAAAUUAAGACUGUCUUGGUCCUAAUUUAAAAAUGAGUUUCUGGGGGUAGGAAAGACACAAAUGUAACUAUUUUUAAUUCUCUUGGAAAAGACACUGUUGGGCUUGGUAAAUUCUUUUUCUUUUUUGUACUUUCUAUAAAUGUUCAAAAACAUGGUUCAGGAAAAAGAUUACAUUUUUUAUGUGUUGUUUGAGACGAUGUUUCUCUGUGUAGCCCUGGCUGUUCUAGAAUUUGCUCUGCAGACCAAGCUGACCUCGAACUCAAGACAUCUGCUUGCCUCUGCCUUCAAAGUGCUGGGAUUAAAGGCGUGCGCCACCAGC